UGAUGCAACCUCAUUAACUAACCUCAAAAUUGGCAAUUUUCAUUUUUCCUUCCUAGUUGUACGUUUUAAGUCGGUAAUUGUAACACAAAAGAGUAUAUUGUGAGCAAACACCCGCGUUAGUAAAUAUGAGUUUUCGGCGUCUAGCAACAGCGAAAGCAAACGACCUUAUUCCGGUCCAUAAGUAUCGCUCGGUCCUCACAGGAUUGACCGUAGUCCUCGGCGAAGUUGAGGGUCCAGUAGUGAAUGGUUAUUUUACGCUCGCCACUGAAGCUUAUGAUGAUGAUGGUCUGCCUCAUACACUAGAGCACCUUAUAUUUCUCGGUUCGGAAAAGUAUCCAUAUAAGGGUAUUCUCGAUCUGGUAGCUAAUCGAUGUUUGGCCUCCGGUACAAAUGCCUGGACCGAUAGAGAUCAUACUUGUUACACGAUGACUACUGCCGGGAGUGAAGGCUUCUUAACGUUGCUUCCAGUAUACCUCGAUCACAUCCUGUAUCCAACGUUAACUGAUGCCGGUUUCUUAACGGAAGUGCACCACAUAUCUGGUGAUGGUAUUGAUGGUGGUGUCGUGUAUUGUGAGAUGCAAGGAAGAGAAAACACAGGUGAAUCUCGAGUAAACUUGGAGAUGCUACGUGCAGCGUUCCCUAACUGUGGGUAUAGUGCGGAAACUGGUGGAAUUAUGAGCAAUUUACGCACCAGCACUAAUAACGAAAAGGUGCGUGCCUAUCAUACCGCGUUCUAUAGACCCGAUAAUCUUUACGUUAUAAUUACGGGACAAAUCCGUGCUGAAGAUGUUUUUGCUGCACUCGAGCCAAUAGAGCAAAAGAUCAUUUCCAAAGGAGCCCUUCCUCCAUUUAUAAGGCCAUGGCAAAUCAACGUCGCACCUUUGAGUGCAUCAAAAGAUUUGAAGAUCGAGUAUCCAGCGGACGAAGAAGACUGUGGACUCGUCAAUGUUGCUUGGUUAGGGCCUAAAUCUACUACAGAGUAUAAUGAAUUAACUGACUGUUCCGUUUUGCUACGCUAUUUAACUGAAACAUCCGCUAGCCCCAUACAGCGGGAUUUCAUUGAGAAUGAAGAUCCGGAUGCAAGUAACGUCAGCUACAGCAUUGUCGAAAAUUCCCUCUCUUUACUGUACAUUGGUUUUGAAAACGUGCCCAUCGGUAAAGAAGAUGGGAUUUUCCCAAAGCUGAAUAACCUUCUAAGUUUGUUUGGAAGUGGGAAAGAAAAGCUGGACAUGGUACGCAUGAGGAACGUAAUUGAACGUUACAGACUUGAGGCUCUUAGUAGCCUCGAGUCAAAUCCACACGACGAUAUUGCUUUUCAUGUGAUUGGAGAGAUGUUGUACGGAACCGGCAACAGAGAUUUUGAAAAGCGGCUAAACGCGAAUAUAUACUUGAAGUCUUUGAAAUUUAAAGAAGAAGAUUUUUGGUUGUCAUUGCUGAAUAAAUAUUUUAUCAAUGCUAACCAUGUAGUAGUGCGAGCCGUACCUAGUGUAAAGGAAAAUCUUCGUAUAGCCAAAGCAGAGUUAUUGCGGAUUGAGGAGCAACGUAAGCGACUCGGCGAAAUCGGUCUUAAAGAGAAAUCAAAAAUCUUAACUGAUGCUAUGGCAGCCAAUGAGAUUCUCCCACCCAACGAGAUGAUAGCAGCCUUCCCAAUGCCUUCAGCGGAAGGAAUAAAAUUCUACCCGUUUGAAGUUUUUCGAACGAGCGACGAGAAUUCACCAAAAGGACUCAAUUUACGCAGUAUUCCCUUCUACGCCGAAGCUUAUGACUUGCACACAAAUUUUUGUUAUCUAAAGGUGUCUUUAAACACUAUUGGACUGAGCGCCGAAUUGCGCCCAUACCUAAUAUUGCUUUUGGAGUUAUUGAUUGAAUCGCCUGUACGCCGAGGAGAUAAAUUGAUACCCUACGAAGAGGUUGUAGCGGCUCUAGAAUCUAACACCAUAGAAACUACUAUAGAGCUUGGUUUCAAAGCGUCCAGUCGCUUCAGCGUGGGUUCAUAUGGUAACAAUGCUCUAUUGCACAUGCAAGUGGUACGCGAAAAAUAUGUGAAAGGUAUUGAGCUUAUUGGAGAGCUUCUCUACAGUACCGUGUUCACAACGGAACGUAUUAAAGUGUGUGCAACAAAACUCGUCAACGAAGUUGCUCAUUUGAAACGAGAUGGUAGCUCGAUUGCUAAAGAACUAAUGAGAGCCAUGCGCUAUCAGGAGGAUAGCAACGUUCGUACUUGUUCAUUGAUAAAACAAUCUAAGUUCUUAACGGGACUUCUGCUCCAGAUGGAACAACCAGAAUUCGUAGCGGACGUAAUAGCAAAGUUAAACAAAACGCGCGCAGUAAUUACUCUUGCGGAAAACACUACAGUACACAUAGCUGCCGAUUGGCAUGCGAUGGCGGGACUUGGCAUUGAUUUAAAUCAACCAUGGAAACAGUUGGCAAAAGCUACAGCAACACUUGAAAUUCCAUUGCCUUUGAAACGGUUUACGGCCAUCCCAGAUUAUAUGAACGUGAUUUCAAACAAUGAAUCUGUCAACGUAACGAAUAGUUUUAUCGUUAGACUUGGGAGUGUUGAGAGUGCGUUCCUGUUCCUCACAUGCCGUUCAAUAAAUGACUUCAAGGAUCCCGACUUGGUUCCACUGCUACUAUCGCUACAGUAUCUUACACAGCUGGAAGGUCCGCUAUGGAGACAGAUUCGUGGACAAGGAUUUGCCUAUGGGUACAACAUAGCACCGAGGCCGAACGAAGGCUUGCUGUAUUUCACUCUCUACCGAGCCUCGAAUGUUGCAGCAGCGUUCAAAGAAGCAAUGAUAAUCAUGCGGAAGCAUAUUGGAGGUCAAACUGAGUGGGAUGAUACCUUGCUAGAAUCCGCGAGAAGCUCACUGAUCUAUGAAAUUAUUGCUCGAGAGAAUAGCAUCGAAAAGGUGGUAGAUUCUUCGUUCUUAGCGAGCUUCAAGGAUGUACCUUUCAAUUAUAAUCAAGCAUUGGUCCUGCAAAUUCAAGAAGUAACGAAAAAAGAUUUGAUUCGCGUUAAUAAGCGGCACCUUGAAAAGCUGUUUUCGAACAUUGACACUUGCAUGACCAUAGUUUGCCAUCCCGAUAAAGCUUCCGAUAUUGAAACCUCUUUUAGUGAAAUGGGCAUCUCAAUGAAAGUGGAAAGCAGCCUUGAAGAUGGUAUUCUGGCCUAAGAAGCUGAAUAUAAACCCAGUUAGCUCAAAAUAAAGGACAUAAUGAGAUAAAGUUCUAAUUUUUACAACCUUUAUAUUACUAUCGUUGAAAACAAAAAAAGUUUAAAAAAAACUGUAAAUUUGCUUAAAUUACAAAUUACUUACUGCUACCCGUUUUUAUAUAUGUUCAAAACAAUUACUUCAUAAUGGGAAGUGGGACGUGGCAGAAAGGAUGCAUAAAAGAUCUAUUGUUUGGAGCGAAUAUAAACACUAACCCAAAAUCUUUUUUUUUUUCAAAAGACUAAUAAAUAGAACCGCGUCUUCCAUUAUUUUCUUGAUCCUGAU